AAAUAAACAACUCACAUGGCCUAGUCAAGCUGCUAAACUAGUCUAGACUCUUGACUUUUAUUUAAUCAGUCUACACAAGUCUACAGUCUACUCUCUAGAAUCUAAAUCUAGAACUAGAUCUAAAACUAAAUCUUCCAAAAAUGGUUUUGGGAACGAAACCAUCGUUUGACUUUGGAAAACCAAAGGAGAAGCAACAUGUGAAGUGCCAAGACCUUACAAAAGCACACAUAGAAUCAUACAAUUAUUUCCUGACUUCUGGCUUACAAAAGCUGGUUAAGCACAUGGAUGCCGUGGAAUUUAAUCUGGGAGAAGAAGGGGAGGCAUUCAACAACUUAAGAUGUGCCUUGUCUUUCUCUAAAGUUUCAAUUUUGCCACCUAAAGUUUCAACAGCUAAUAAGAUGUCUGUUAACAGUAAAAUAUAUCCGUCUGAGUGUCGUGAAGGGGGCAGCAGCUACAUGGGUGACGUCCAAGUGAUCAUCAACUACAGCUGUAAUGGCCAGUCAGGGACUGUGGACAAGAUCAUUGGACAGGUGCCCAUCAUGGUCAAGUCCGAUGCCUGCAACAUUGCCACUUUAAAGCCUGAAGCCCUUAUAUCACAUGGAGAGGAAGUUGAGGAAAUGGGUGGAUAUUUUAUCAUCAAUGGCAAUGAAAAAGUAGUUCGGCUUCUCAUUCAGCAGAGAAGGAAUUAUCCAUUGUGUUUGCACAGAAGUUCCUGGAAAAACAGAGGACCAGAAUAUACCAAGUUUGGUGUGUCAAUCAGAUGUGUCAGGGAGGACCAAGCAAUUAAUAGUUUGACCCUACACUACCUCAAUAAUGGAACAGCCAAACUUUCGUUUGGUCUGAACAAGGAAGUUUUUUUUGUGCCAAUUGUAUUGGUACUAAAGGGCCUGAUGGAUGUCUCCGACAAGUUUCUUUUUGAUGAGCUCAUGAGGGGCCGUGAGGAGGACACUUUCUAUAGAGGGUGCGUCAUCUUCAUGCUGAGGCAGGUGAUGACCGAGGGCCUCAACUCCCAAGCGUCAGUUGUCAGCUUUAUUGGCAAAAGAUUCCGUGUCAAGUUGGCCCUGCCCGCCUGGUACACAGAUGAAGAGGUGGGGCAUUACCUCAUCAGUAGGUGCAUCUGCAUCCACCUGAACCGUCCUGCCGACAAGUUCCACCUGCUGGUUUACAUGACCCAGAAACUUUUUGCAUUUGUCAAUGGAGAAUGUUCAGCAGAGAACCCAGACAAUCCCAUGUUCCACGAGGUUUUAGGACCAGGGCAUCUGAUGCAGAUGGUACUCAAGGAAAAAUUGGAGCUCUACCUGCUGGGGAUUAAAACUUUGCUCAUCAAAGCUGCCAAAAGGAAAAAGAAAAAUUUUCAAAUCAAUGCAGCUGAGGUGCGUGAAGCGUGUAAGCAUGUGUCGCCCAUCACCAGGGCUAUGGAGUACAUCCUGUCUACUGGAAACCUCAUCUCUCGCACUGGCUUAGGUCUUAUGCAGUCGCGGGGGUUUUCUGUGAUUGCAGAUAAAUUAAAUUUCUUCCGCUACGUGUCCCAUUUCCGUGCCGUGCACCGUGGGGCCUUUUUCACAGAGAUGAGAACUACUGCUGUAAGGAAGCUGCUGCCUGAAGCUUGGGGAUUUUUGUGUCCAGUUCACACACCUGAUGGCUCACCCUGUGGACUUCUCAAUCACCUGGCUGCUUGCUGUAAGAUUGUAAAUACUGAUGUGGAGACGGAGCACCUAGACGGAGUGUUGACAGAGUUGGGCAUGUCACCCCUUGGCUCCCCCCUGCUCUGGCCUGUCAAAGAUUGUUAUGUUGUCUUGCUGGAUGGGAGAAUUCUCGGACACAUCAACGCUUGGUCAGCUGACACGUUGGUCAAAACACUCAGAGUACUCAAGGUCAAGGGCAGAGGAGAAGUGCCCCGCUGUCUAGAGAUCUGCCUGAUCAAGAAGAGCGAGGUGUCCAGCCAGUACCCAGGGCUGUAUCUCUUCUCCACUGUGGCCCGCAUGAUCCGUCCAGUCCACAACAUCCAGGCUAAUGCUCAAGAGAUGGUCGGGUCCUUUGAACAAGUCUACUUGGACAUAGCACUCAAUCAGUCGGAGAUCUACCCCGGGGUGACGACCCACCAGGAGUUGAAUGAACAGAGCAUGCUCAGUGUCUUGGCCAAUUUGAUUCCAUUUUCUGACUUCAAUCAAUCACCUCGGAACAUGUACCAGUGCCAGAUGGCCAAACAGACAAUGGGCACCCCCCUUCAUGCCUAUCAGCACCGAGCCGACAACAAACUUUACAGAAUCCAGAGCCCACAGAGCCCACUGGUCAGGCCAGCCGCCUAUGAUGACUACAACUUUGAUGAGUAUCCUCUGGGGACCAACACAGUCGUAGCGGUCAUCUCUUACACGGGUUAUGACAUGGAGGAUGCUAUGAUCAUCAACAAAUCUUCCUAUGAGAGAGGUUUUGCUCAUGGCUCUAUCAUUAAGUCUGAGGAAGUUGACCUGCGAACAGUCAGCCGGGAUCACGGACCCCGAGCAUUGGUGUUUGGCUGUCAGACAGAUGAAUGUUCAGGAAAAUUGGACCCUGAUGGAUUACCUCCAAUUGGAGCUAGGUUGACUAAUGGCGACCCUUUCUACAGUUAUUUGAAUGUCAGCACUGGUGAGUACAGGGUAGUUCCCUACAAGAGUUUGGAGGAGGCCACAGUUGUACAGAUCAAAGUUCUUGGUGACCCGCUGGGGACUGAGGCCUUAAAUCAUGUCUGCUUUGUUCUCCGCAUCCCUAGAAACCCAACUAUUGGAGACAAAUUUGCCAGUCGUCAUGGACAGAAAGGAAUCUGUAGUAUGCUGUGGCCUACACCUGAUAUGCCCUUCACAGAGAGUGGGAUGGUCCCUGAUAUCAUCUUCAACCCUCAUGGGUUCCCAUCUAGAAUGACCAUUGGUAUGAUGAUUGAGAGCAUGGCGGGGAAGGCGGGCGCCCUACACGGUCUGUACUUGGAUGCCACUCCCUUCACAUUCUCUGAACACCAGCCAGCCAUUGACUACUUUGGACAGAUGUUAACAGCAGGUGGGUACAACUACUAUGGCACAGAAAAGCUGUACAGUGGUGUGAGCGGUCAAGAGAUGGAGGCGGACAUUUAUUUUGGCCUAGUUUACUAUCAACGUCUGCGUCACAUGGUGUCUGACAAGUAUCAGGUGAGGACCACAGGACCAGUGGAUCAAGUGACCCAGCAGCCAGUCAAAGGUCGCAAGAGGGCAGGUGGGAUACGUUUUGGUGAAAUGGAGCGUGACGCUCUAAUAGCUCACGGCACAAGUUUUCUGCUUCAUGAUCGCCUCUUUAACUGUUCCGAUAAAUCCAAGGCCUACCUGUGCAGGCGGUGUAUGACUCUACUGUCGCCCCUACUGGUUGAGAAGGCGGAAGAGACGAGGUCAAGGACAAAGUUUUGCCACCAGGUUGUGUGCCAACACUGUCAGCGUCGUGACACCAUACAGCCUGUCAGUGUACCCUAUGUGUUCAGGUACCUUCUGGCAGAGAUGGCAAGUGUAGGGGUCAAGGUCAACUUACAGGUCAAACCAAAUAUUUGACAGCCACACAUUCUUGGCAAUAAAUUUGUACUCUCACA